GGGGGGGGGGGGAGUCGCCGCAUUGACGCGAGCUGCUGAUGCCGGUAGGUCACCGCAGGGGAUCUAGACUCCAGUCAGUCAGUCAGUCAGUGAGCCCAGGCUCGAGUGGUGAGUCGCGUUCGAUCUGUUUGGCAAAGUUUGGGCCGGGAAUCGGUUCAUCAACGUUGAGAAAACUGUCGAGAUAUUAUAAUUAUCCUCACACCAUGUGUUGUGCCAGUGAAUUAUUCUUAAUUUCUAAAAAAUCCUCGAGCUCGUGGUCGUCGUCGUCGUCGUCGUCGUCGUGCUGCAGGACUCCGAAUAAGCGCACGUUUCUGACGUCACGGGGGUCAACGGACCUCCGAUUGCGGGCAUCUAUGACAACGAGGGCUUCCCCCUCGACUACUACAGCUACCACUAGUACUGCUACUGCUACUGCUGCUGCUGCUGCUCCACGGAAUGUCGAGACCCCGCCGAUUUUAUCUAAGCAACAGGCGAGAGAUCUCGCUGUACGCCUGACACCCGAGGAGAGGGACGUGCUCAUAUCGGCACUGCAGGAAACUCAGUCUCAAAAAGUAAAAGCAGAGUAUGAAGGUCAACUGGCAGCGUUUCGUUGGAGGAGCAAAUUUGGACGACCCAGCCGAGUCCCCAGCCUGGGAGACGUCGAUCCCACGGGAACUUACUGCGCUGUGCCAGAGGAUUGGCUACUUCGAAAGUAUGCUGAAACAGUACCGCAACCCACCAGAAAGGACUUGAUUCGAGUGUCGGUAACGAACGCUAUUCCGUUCAUUGGAUUUGGUUUCCUCGACAACUUCUUCAUGAUCAUAGCCGGCGACCAAAUUGAGACGAGCCUUGGAGCCGUUAUAUCACUUUCGACGAUGGCAGCGGCGGCAUUCGGAAACACAAUUUCCGAUAUCCUUGGGAUAGGUUCGGCAUUCUACGUUGAACGUCUCGUCCAGAAGAUCGGAUUCAAGGCGCCGAAGUUGACGCCAAUUCAAAUGGAUAUGCCCAAGUCGAGGAGAGCCGCAAAUUUGGGUCGCGUUCUCGGAGUGACGAUCGGCUGCCUCCUGGGGAUGACGCCUUUGCUCAUACUUCACAAGGGUGGAAAAGAUAAAGAGGCGAAAACGUCGACAGCCGGUAUAGAGCCGACAGUGGCAAUAGCUUAGAAUAUUUAAAUUCAACCCGAUUCUCGAGUUUUCGAUAUUUCUUUUCUUCUCUUCUUUCAAAUUAGCGCAGCACUACUUUAUAGUCUUAUUAUUGUACAAAAAGAGAUAGCGUGACGAACGAAAGCAACGGUUUUAGCGAUCAACCGGUGAUUCAAGUACGUGUAGAUUAUUAUUUAUAAAGAAAUUACGAUGAAACGAAAAAAUUGUAUUAUAUAUAAUAUUGGUAUGGCUAUCACACUUACAAAAAAAAAAGCAUAGGUUUUCUUUUUAACUUAUUACAACCUAUGCAUAUAUGUAUGUAUUUAAUGUAUGUAUGUAUAUAGAAAUGUGAAACGAUAUUAAAGCGAAUUAGCGGAUCUUAAAGUA